AUGUUUUCAGGUAGUCGCUUUGGCGACUAUCUCAAAUUACUCUUCAGUGGCAGAUUGAGCUCACUCCUAGCGUUCGUCGUCAUCGUAUGCGGUGUCGCACGCCUCGUCUCCUUCGCAAUUCGACGAGCUCGCGAGUACAAGGUCGACAGCACAUUGGGGCGUUUGCAUGGAUGUCAGCUGCCCCCUGAGCUGCCAAAGCGGUGGCCACUAGGCAUUGACAGGAUCAAGGAACUUUGGGACUCCGAUGCCGGAGGUCCGCUGCUCGCUUUCCUCUGCUCGAUCGCGAAGGACUACGAGCCUCGUAACAACUUGUCACAGUAUCUGCUGUUUGGCCCUCGAGCUUUUCACGUCUUAAAUCCGAAGAAUCUAGAGGCUGUCCUGUCCACCAACUUGAAAGACUACGGGUUCGGAUGCCGUCCAGCGGUCUUCGCUCCCUUACUGGGAAACGGCAUCUUCCCCCAAGAAGGUCCAGCAUGGAAGCAUUCGAGGGAGCUCCUCAGAAAGCAGUUCGCUCGUACACAGUACCAGAAGCUCGACCACUUCAAAGAGCAUGUGGACAACCUGAUAGCGUGCAUUCCAUCAAACGGUGAGGUCGACCUCCAACCGCUCUUCUUCAAUUUGACCUUAGACACCACGACUGCAUUGUUAUUCGGACGCUCUGUGUAUAGCCUCAGAGCCGGCAUCGGCCAGGCAGCCGAGAACUUGGAUUUUGCGGAGAGUUUCACAUCGCUCAGGAAGGACUGGCGAAGCGCUUUCGCAUCGCGCCAUUCCACUUUCUCUACAGCCCUGCGAGAUUUCGGCGGGCUUGUCAUGCUGUUCAUAGCUUCGUCGAGAAGUACAUUGAUGAACGGCAACUGA